UAGACGGCGUGAGAGUCGCUAAUAUCACUGCCCUCUGUCAAAGAAAUUUUUUUACGCGCUUAUUUUAAAAAUGCAACAUAGCUUGCUUUACACUACCUUUCGAAGAUUGAAUUAAUGAUGAGACAUUUUUACGACGUACGUUCUACCCUUUAAUUAAGAAGAUUAUCAAACGAUGGUAUAUACCGAUCUAUCUUAUAAUUAUCUCUAUACUGGAAAUAGAUUUCUUAGUAAAUUUCUUGCAAAGCGUCAAAUUAUCGUCAAAAAUUCAUCCUUAGAUAAUUAGUAGAACUAUCAAUUUUCAGACAGUGUUUUUGAAGUCUACAAUAGCGUAUUAAAUAAUAACGAUGGUAUAGACACCACGCGCGAAUAGAGUUAGAAUUAAUUUAAAGUAGCAGAGAAAGUCAUGCGGGAGAUUAUAUUUUAUAAUUAAAUAGCCAGCUUUUGAUCGUAGCAACACGUAGCGACAAUUACAGAUAAUUACCAUUAGGGGUCGGUAAUGAUUAAUAACUUAUCGAUCUAAAUGAUUGCACUCAUAUAUUAUAGUUAAUAACUUUGCAGCGUUCUUAGUGUAGUUUCGUUUCGAUAGUAUCACUCCUUUGAUAGUUACUGAAAAAUUUUCGAUAAUGGUACUACUUCGUAUCAAACCGAAUCAAAUGCUUCGCUUAUUAAAUUUAACCGGAAAUUUUACCAGUACUUGGCCGGGAUCUCAGAAAGCAGGACGUUUUGAAAUGGUCUUACGAGAUGUUGGUUGGAUUUUAGGAAUGUUAAAUGCAUUUCUAAUAUUAUUGGCUUUAUUUUAUGCCGAUUAUUAUUAUAUAAAUGGAAAAGACGUUGUUACUUUAAUGAAGCCUUUAUGCGAAACAGCUACUCUCAUAGAUGUUAUACUUGCUUUAAUUUUAUGCAGAUUCAAAAGGACUAGUUUACAGAAACUCAUGGAAGAGGUGGAAGAAUUUAUUAAAAAUUGCAAUACCGAGGAGGAAGCCAUCAUGCAAAAAUAUAUAGAUCAUUCGUCCAUCUCAACAACAAUGGCGGCAUCAAACGUUGCAGCGGCCAUUGCAUUUUCUUUUACUCCAUUCUUUACAGAGAAUGACGUUCCUGGCGAUGCUAUGUUUCCAUUUGACUUAAAAUCAUUGUUCGUUAAAAUUCCGAUAUACAUAUUGGACACGAUUCUUCUCUUUCAAACUGCAUUAUGCGUUUGUGUGGAUUUUAUGAUAGCCAUGUUGAUGUGGUACUCUGCUACUAAAUUAGAAAUCUUAGGAUUGAAACUUGAAAAUGCUGCGGACAAAUAUAAAGUAAAAGAUUGUGCUAAGGAACAUCAAAAAAUAUUGAAUUUCAUAUCCGAAACACAAAAAGUUAUUCAAACAUUAUUAUUCAAAACGAACGUGACGAUGGGCGCAACUGCAAUCGGUGCGACAUUUUCGCUCCUUCACACGUUGCUCUUACAGCAUGAACCCAUAAACGUAGAACUACAGUUUAUUUGCAUGAUGAUCGCUAGCUAUCAAAGAUUAUAUGUUACAGCUUUACCUGCUGACGAUUUAAAAGAAAUGAGUAUGAAACUCGCGACGUCGGCAUAUAGUUCAAAAUGGUUCGAAGAUUCCUCCAAAAUGGCAAUCGACGUACACAUUAUAAUAUUAAGAAGCCAAAAACCAAUUUUGAUUUCAAUGGGUGGUCUGCUUCCCAAUUUAACUCUCGAAUAUUAUGCAAAUGUAAGAAAUAAUAAUCAAAUAAUAUCUAUUAGAAAAAUUCAUUUGAUAAUUUGAACUAAAUAUAUCUAUCUACUUUUUUUUUUUACAGUUUUUUUACACGAUUUCAUCUUAUUUCAUGA